GAGUUCAGACUCAUUCAGCUCUAAACAUUCAAUCAAAGUACUAACAUUCAGUAAACAAAAUGGCUUCAGUUCUAGCAGCGCUUUGUGUCUUCGGAUGUCUUGUGUCGAGCCUGCGGGGUCAGUACUUGCCGCUAAACGCGCAGCAGUACGGCGUGGGUGCGUGGGGCGUGCGGGGUGUGGACGCGGGAUGCGGCUGCGGCGCACUGUUGACGGACAACGCCGCAAGCGCGUUAGCCGCGGCGGACGGCGGCGGCUUCGCCGUUGUGAGCUCGUCUCCCACGCCACCUCACGGCGUGUCGGUGGUGUCGGACAAUGAGUACUCCGGUAUUGUGGCAGUAGUGGGCCAGUUGCCAUUCCUCGGCACUACAUACCUGGAGGGCGCGGUGCCGUCCGCUGGGGCCGGCGCCGUCGCUUACGGCUGUGGGUAUGGAGACGUUGCCAUCCUCAAUGAGGACUUUGCUGGUACCACAGCUUUGCCUGGUAGCAAUGGUAUCAACUUUGGCAGAGGUUACAAUGAGUUACGCGGUUAUGGUUGUGGAUUAUUAUAUUGAAAUUACUCUUUAAAUCAUCUGUCUGUACGUUUAAAUUGGAAUUAAAGAA